AUAACCUAUAAUUAUAAAGGAAUUUGCUUUAUUCAACGGGACUGUGAUUCAAUGGGCCAAGAGAAAAUAUAAUAAAAUAUAACUAGCAGGCUAAAGAUAAUCCACGUGUUACGACUUUUAAUCAUUUUGAGACACUGCGGGGCUUGAUAGUCGCCAUCUUUGUUCGGGGCAAAAUGCCGAAAAGUUGUUCUGCAUUUAAGUGCACCAAAAGGUACAAUAAAACAAAUCCUGAGAUAACGUUUCACAGGUUUCCUUUCAGUAAACCAUCAGUUUUGAAACAAUGGUUAGAUAACAUCGGACGAGACGACUUUCAUCCAAGGAAACACAUGGUCAUCUGUUCACUUCAUUUCACCCCUGACUGUUUCAGUGGUUUCGGCAACCGCAGAAAUCUGUUAUGGAACGCCGUGCCAACAAUCUUCACUAUCCCACCUGAGGAUGCAAAGCAAACAGUUUCUAAGAAGAUAAUAAAAAGGCCUGCUGAUAAAUUGGAUGGCAUUGCACGUGAGAGUAAAGAUUCUUCUGCUGAGGAUGCUCAAAGGUUGGAAAAGGACACUCGACUGGUUUCUUACAUUAAUUUAGAGGCUGGGUGUCAAACCACAAUGGAUUUAGCAGCCACAGACCACACAUAUGCCAUUUUGGAUCCAUGCACAACUAAAGCCCAUCUCUUUGAGGUUUUAGAUGCCAACAUAUGGCUACAGAAAAGAUUACAGACCAAAUGCAGAGUGAUAAAAAGAAUGAGGCUUAAACUACAAGGGACACAAAGACAGCUUCUGACUUUACGGCGUAAAGUGGAGCGCAGAGACAUACAUUACCACAGACAGUUCCCAAAACAAGGUGACAGUGCCUUAAAGACCUAACCAAGCAUUUGAAGUGAUUUAAAGGUAUAGUUCACCACAAAAAUGAAAAUUCUGUCAUCAUUUACUCACUCUCAUGUUGUUACAAACCUGUAUCAAUUUAUUUAUUCUGGUAAAAACGAAGGAAGAUAUUUUGAGGAAUAUUUCUAACCAAACCAAUCAUGAGCCCCAUUCACUUCAAUAGUAGGAAAAAAGAAUACUAUGAAAACUAAAUGGGGCUCAUGGUUACAAACAUUUAUCAAAAUAUCUUUCUUUGUGUUCAUCAGACAGAAUUAUUGUUAUCCCUAUAACAUUUGGGUUACACUAAGGUGUUGAUUUCUUAAACAAAUGUAUAAUUUGACAAACACAUUUUAAAACUUCACU